AUGGGAGGUAAGAAGGCCACUCGCCGUGCGAGGCUGCAUUUUGGCGAAAGUAGCGACUGGCCCGUAAAUCAAAGAGGCUAUGGGAGAACUGCUGGCGGGCAGGCUGCCUCAUGUCAUGGAAGCGUUAUUUGGGUUGUGGCCCGCCGCCGACCAAGCGAAGGGGCAGCCUUUUGUGGGAUUGGAAAUCCUGUUGAAGCAACACGCGCCGGCAUUCUGUUGUAG